AUGUUCCUACUCUUUCGUGGCAACUCCUUGGCAUACAACAUAGGUGGUCUGUUGGUCUCAGCCGAAUCCUCGUCUUCUGUAGCUCGCCUCAAUGCCGUUGUGAAGAAUAAUUUGUUCACGCGGAAUAGCAAUAGUACAACUGUGGCCCUGUACGGGAACAACUAUCAGAUGGUCACUAUGCUCAAUAACAUAAUCUCUCACAACUAUGCUCUCUACCACGAUACGAUGAAAAUCCAGGACAUGUCUGUGAAUUUGACGAAAAACGUCUUUUUUGUUAAUGCUGGCUUGCACACUGUGGACUCGCAUGGAUACUCACGGAUAACUUCCGAAACGCAGACAUUCCUCUACAACAACUUCGAGGAUAAUAUUGCAUUGGGCCAUGGACAUCAGUACCUGGAACAAUUUGGUUAUCUGCCAGAAAAGGAGCAGGACGAGUUUCUGCGGAGACCCAGAAGACAGGUCAUAAACCAAGAGGGAGUAUCAUUUGAUUGGUGGACCCAUGUCGGCACGGAAACAGAGAGGUAUGACAUUGGCUCCAUUGAUGCUAGAUUGAAUUACUGGGGCUAUCCCGGUGUGGAAAGUGUGGCAGCUGGAAAGAUCAGAGAUUUCUCCGAUUAUCCUUACUUAAUCAAGGUCGAUUAUCAACCAAUCCUCGAGUCCAACUCGUCUCUCCUAGAAGGAGACUGCCCAGCAGGCUGGUUCCAAGCCGGUCUUGAAGAGUUCAAGUCUUGUUUCCUUUUUGUGGGAGCAGCUGCCACAUACGCUGACGCCACCCUUUACUGUGAAGCUAUGGGUGCUUUUGUCCCAUAUCUGCGAACUGAUGAUGUUCGUCAGAAGCAGUUAGCACAGAGGAUCGACCAGUUCAGCCAGCAGUACUUGACGGAUCCGGAAAGAUUUGACUCUUUUGCGCUCCGAUCUGAUACUGUUAUAUGGAUAUCAUCCGUUACAAUUCCAUCUACUCAGUGUGGUUGGCUCAGCACGAGAACGGGUAAAAUUGGCUCACAGAAUUGCAAUAACCUCAUGCCGUUCGUUUGUGAGAAAGGAACUCAGCCAUAUAUAGAGCCGGUCUUAUGGCGUGCUGGCAUCAUCAUUGCAGUGAUAAUAAUAGGGUUAUUGCUGGCGAUAUUGUUCCUUUUGGCUCUAUGUUGGUGUAUCAAGUCAAGGAGAAGAAAUGAAGAUAUCAUUGAGAGAAAGAACAUUAUAAGAGCUAGCAUUAAAUUGCAAAGGUUUGCCGAUUUCAGUUGA